UUCAUAAGCUACUACUGCUUCCUCACUCUCACUUUCCCUUCAUCUUCCUCUUCCUCUUCCUUCUUCGCACGUAACUUUAGAGGUUUGAGAGACCGUACAGGUUCUUAUUUAAAGAACCAAGUUCCUUUCGUCUUUUCUCAUUCAUUCUCUUUUAAACAGUUUUCAUUUGAUAAAAGUAAAAGAACUAUCAGCCUAGAAUUUGCAAUCAAUGGGUUCCAGUUCCAUUAAUGAUGCUGCGAUUGCUAAGGAGGAAAUUGCUGCGGUUGAGAAAAAGCCUACGGUUGUCUUUGUUUUAGGAGGCCCUGGAGCAGGCAAGAGCACGCAAUGUGCAAAUAUUUCUAAAUGUAUUGGUUUUACUCAUUUAAGCAGUGGAGAAGUGCUUCGCAAAGCUAGUGAAUGGGAUCCUGAUAAUGGAGAAAUGAUCAAGAGCAUGCUAAAGGAUGGACAAUCUGUUCCUCCGGACAUUACCUUGAGAGUAUUGCAGAAAGCCAUGAAACAAAGUGGCAAUGACAAGUUUUUGCUUGAUGGGUUUCCUCGUGAUGAGGAAAUCCGUGCUGCUUUUGAAGAUGCUAUUAACAUCGAACCAGAACUGGUUAUUUUCUUUGAUUGUUCUGCUGAAGAAAGGGAGAGAAGGAUUUUGAGCAGGAACCAGGGAAGAGUAGAUGACAAUAAGGAGUCAGUGAGGAAGAGGUUUACAUAUUUUGAAAAGUAUACUCUUCCAGUUGUUGAGUACUAUCGUUCAAGGGGGAAAGUAUAUGUGAUUGAUGCUUCCAAGCCGAAGGAUGAGGUUUUUGAGACAUUGAAAACUUAUUUAACUCCCUUAGCACCAAGAAUCGAGACUGAAGUUGUAUCAGAGGCCAAACUGAAGCAGAAGGUGAAGUGCUGGGUGUGGUUGCAGCUGAGGCUGCAAGUGAAGUUGAAGAAGGUGAAGUGGUGGGCGUGGUUGCAGCAGAGACUGUAAGUGAAGUUGAAGUCGAAGUGAAGGCUGUUGGUGAAGGUGAAGGUUUGGAGAAAGACAUUUCAAAGUUGGGAUUGUAAUUAUGUAGUGAUGUUUUUAUUAUAAAAAACAAGUUAUGGUAUUUGUAAUUAUGAUGUAAUUUGGAAAGUGGGUAUCUAUUUGUAGUUUGCUUUAUGAAUAUUUAAUGCGUGUUUAACUUAAAA